AUGCACCUGUUGGAAGAUGUUGAAAUGAAUUUUGAAGAGAAUGCACAUGAUUACAACGAAGCGUUUACGAUUUUCAACGCUAUUUUGCGCUCCAGACCCGACUCACCACGAGCGCACUUUGGAAAAGGACGAGGCUAUGAGCUCAGAGGAGAACUGACCAGCAAUGAUCGCGACUUUGCCCGUGCAAUCCAUGAAUACGAACAAGUUCUCGACAAUGAAGAAACACCAGAUGCGCUAUUUCGACAAGCUGCGUCCCGUCUUAUCGAGCUGUCCAGCUUUCGAGGCGAUUUCUACAGAUCUCUCAUAACACACCGGAUGCUUGUUGCCAGAUUCCCGGAUGAAGUGGAACAUCAGACAAAUGUAGCGCUAACCUUCAUUAAGAUGAAAAGGCUAGCUGACGCAAAGAAAGUCCUUCACGAUAUCAUUGAGAGUGACCACAACAACGGGGUUGCACUCGCCUAUUACGGAUACAUUCUGAAGGUCGCCGACGAUAACGUGGAGCAGGGCGUGGCCUACAUGAAGAAAGGACUUCGACUAGGUGGAGACACAAUCACUGAUGCAAAGUUUUACUAUCACCUUGGGCAUGGUUUAAUGUUCCUGGGAAGAUCUACGGAGGCAUAUAGUGUGUUCGAACAUGCUGCUUCACUUGGUCUGUUCCUUUCUGCCCAACAACGAUCCAUGUACAACGUGGAGGGACUUACUGGCAGAGCUUGGUGGACAAGUGAACAAACCGGCUACUCCAAAUACCUCAAGGCCGUUGAACGCCAGUGGGUUUCUAUCCGUGCUGAAGCGGCUCGACUGCUGCAGUCGGUGCCGUACUUGUGGAAAGAGGAGAAUCCGGCAAUCACCGUUGAUGGAAGAUGGAUUGCAUUUCCUCUUCUGGAAAACGGUCAUUUCAUCACAGAAAAUUGUAAAAUGGCACCACAAACCUGCUCCAUCCUGAAAGAAUUCCGCGAAAGCAGUAAUGCAAGCAAGUCUGAGAUGCGAUUUUCGGCUCUUUCCUCGGGAGCACAAAUAUUACCGCAUUGUGGACCAACUAACAGUCGAUUACAAGCCCAUCUAGGCUUAAUUGUACCAUCAGAAGCUCGAAUAAGGUACCUUAGAACCCUAUUUGAUACAAGAUUGUGCACCGUAAUGAGAACGUCGUUAAGGGUGGGUAAUGAACAACGUGGAUGGAAGACCGGCAAAUUCAUAAUAUUUGAUGACUCUUUUGAACAUGAGUUACAAUUUGAUGGAGCAUCCUCAGCUUCUCUACGUCUAAUCCUUCUCAUUGAUCUCUGGCAUCCCGAAGUCGAAUCGCGACAGCGAAUAGCUCCCGAGGAUGAUUGA